AAUGAAUCCAGAGAGACCCAAGGACCCCUUCAUCUCUGAUGUCAUAGCGUACUAUGUCCGCAGCGCCCAGCAGCCCGUCUACUUCACCAUCUAUUUUGUAAAGAUCAAAUUUAACAGCAUGACGAAGGAACCAGUGGAGGAGUCGUUCCUCACUCACCUGGAGAUGGAGUUUCCAGAGUUCAAACUGAUUUCAGCUUCAGUUCGAGAUAAACACAAGAAGAGCUCGGGGGAAGUCUGUGGAGCUGUUAUCUCCAUGAAUUACAAAAAGGUGACCCUGAGUGGCCGAGAUGUUGACGUGGGAGUUUCCGUCAGAACGUCGGGGGCUCAGAUUAACGCCAUUCCUUCCUGCGAAGCAGAAGAUCUGAACUGUUUGACUCUAACGUUGAAUGAAGCGGCGGCUAAGACGAAGAGCGGAUGUGGGGAAUCCAAAAUUCGGGCCAGCAACAUUAAGAUCCGUUCCUUAGAGCGGCGAUCCUUCAUUCUCACGCUGGACAGAGACAAGCGGAGGACUUACAAACAUGUGCAAAGCAUCGAAAUCUCUCCUUGUCUGGAUCCAGGAUACUGCGUCCAGAAAACCAUGAGGUCCAAAUUUUGCUUGGACGCAGAAAAAGACGCCGGACUGAGCAAAUACAUGAGCAAAGCGCUUCCUUUGCCCAUCAACACAUUCGCUGGCAUCAUCAACUAAUGAGUGAAAGUCGGCCAACACUUCGUCAGUAAAUAAGGCUAACCUCACUCUGUUUUCUGAGUGGAAGUGACGGUCGUCUACCUGGACAAAAGGCAACCUUACAGACCAAUGAGCUGCUCUUUAAUCAAAAGUUGUCUGCAUCUGUCCCUCUGCUCUGACUGACUGUUUACUGACCGUUUCUAAGGAACACAUUCAAUACUAUGAUUAAACUGUCUGCUGAUUUGGCAGUGUUAGAAAGUGUGCUGCAGGAUGGGAUAGCGCUUGAUUAGCAUCAUGCUCCUCCUAAAUAGCCUGAUGUGUAUUCUUUGAUCAUCACAGAGGUUCAUUAUGUUUAAACAAAUACUACCUGUAGAGAAAAUGAAGAAGGCUCUGAGCCAGUUAAAGGUGUGGCCACCAGGUUAGAGGUGUGGCCACCAGUUAAGGGGGGUGGCCGCCAGUUUAGAAGUGUGGCAAUUAGGUUACAAGUGUGGCUGCCAUGUUAAAGGUGUGGCUGCCAGGUUAGAGGUGUGGCCGCCAGGUUAGAGGUGUGGCCGCCAGGUUAGAGGGUUGUCCACCAGUUAAGGGGGGUGGCCGCCAGUUUAGUAUUGUGGCAAUUAGGUUACAAGUGUGGCUGCCAGGUUAAAAUUAACUUGUCAGUUCUUUAUCUUUUGAUUGAUCAGCGUUUUUUUUCUUCUCCCAAAUCUGUAAGGAACCUGAUUCAUAACAGCAUUGUGUAAUUUUGAAGUUUUUAAGACCUGAUCUCGACGCUUAUGUUGAUUCUGUAUCCACACUACCUUUAGACUCCCUCAGCGACACACACACAUACACAACAGUUAAGCCCCCUCACUUGGCCGCCGCCAUGCUGGAAUAUUGCCCUCACUGCUCUUAUCUCAUCUCUGCUACACUCAGACAUCUGCAUCCACCUCAUCUUUUGCAUGAAGGAAGCUUUAAUCAUGGAAAAUGACUGACAUUCUGCUUUGGUUGUAAGAUCUCAUAAGAUAUUGAGAUUAAAACCAUGAGCUGCAUCAGGAGUUACUCAGGACAGAAUUGAGGUGUGAUGCUGAUCAAAGACACAAUCAAAAGGUGCUGAUCGACCUCCGACCUAACCUCUCCCAAUGCACCGUGCACUACCCACAGGGACGGCGUGUUGGAGUCGCACACAAGGCAGACAUCUUGGAACAAGUGAACAUCUCCCAGUGGAAGACUUUACAUUAGUGGUGAAUAUUAGAAUUGAAAUGAUUGUAUUGCACUAAAGGAGCAUUUAAACAGA